AUGGAUCCUUCAGCAUCUGAAGCCGCGCUGGCGACUCUCUCUGAAGUGCUGACUAAGGCAAUCCGAGAUCUAGCUGCAGUAGCAAAUAAAGGCUCUGCACAAUCGUCAUCAGGCCCAAUUCCGGCAACUCCGUCAUCGGCAAGCACAUUGUCACUGCCUCAUACCACCAGCUUCUCAGGUGGAUCGGCCCCCUUGGGGUCGAUUGCGAAUUAUCCUACCCAUGGAGUCCUGCAAGGUGUCAAUAUCCCUCCGGGGAAUAGCACCUGGCCAGUUCAGGGCUUUGGUGAGGGCUUAGAUGCUGUCCAGACUCCUAAUCGUUACUCGACCCAGAACCCCGAAGCAUCUGAGAUGAUUCACCCUCCCUCAUACAUCAAACGGCUGCAGAGCGUCAAUCGCGGCAACGGGAUCGGUGCUCCCAAAGGCCUUUCCCGUAGUGGGUCGUCCGUCAUUGCUAGUCUCAUCGGCUUCCAGCAAUUCCAGUUUGGAGGCAAACAUGAGUUCGACCUAAUCUGGGACCUCUGUGAAAGCAUGGGUGCUGUCGUAGCAUGUUCUCCUAUUGCUCGCGAAGACGGACCUGCCGAGGUGCAGAAAGCUGUUCGAGCAGCUUUCUCCGAUUAUACAUCCUUGCUUGUGAACCAUGGGUUUUCAUGGGCCGCCUUGUCUCGUACUCAGACUUACUUCAUCUCGCAUGGUGACUCUGGGGGUAUCAGUGGUCAACAUCUCUCGGAAAUAUACGUUAAACAGCCUUGCGCCAUAAUCUAUUCGAACUCGAAUCAUCCCGGUAUGGACUUCUCGCGCCGAGUGCGAGAGAUUGUGGCCCCUAGCCCCCAGGACGAUGCCUUGGUGGAAUCGGAUGGACUGAUGGUGGCAUGCUCGAAGUGUGGAAAUCUCUUUGACUCUGAUGUUGUCAAUGACCAUGAGCGUGCCUGCUCCAAGAAACGCAAAAACAAAAGGGAACCUUUUGGGAAUGCUACUAUUGCGGUCAAAGCAGAACCAAAAACCCCAACGCCGUUCGCCUACGAUGGCAUGAACCCCGAUCGUCCUAUCGAGAUCCCAGGCUCCAAUGAUGGUACACCCCUCGCAAAGAGAUCCAGGACAGAGGGUUCCGGAAAGGACAAAAGGCGAGCUGCUCCCAAAACCCAAGACCCUCUCUCUGACAUCUUCGAGGGUGAAGCCGCCCUGUCUGGCACCGAACAGGAUUCUGACAACGGCGAGUACGACGGGAGUCAUGCUGCUCAGAAGCUCAUUCUCUCCAUGUUCGGAGAGAAUGAGCUUGACUUUAUUCCCACUCAUUUGCCUUCGAGAGACGAUGAACAGCUAUUGGCAAGUAGCUCAGUGGCUGCACCUGUCACAGGAUCUUCCUCGCAGUCCAACCGUCGGGCGACACGUUCGACCAGCAAGGCCCCGGUUUUGCCUUCCGACUUGUGA